UUGCCUUUAGGUUUUCCGAAGGUCAACAAUGAAAAACAGAACGAUGUUUGGUGAGUUUAUUCUGCUGGGCCUUACCAAUCAACCUGAACUCCAAGUGAUGAUAUUCAUCUUUCUGUCCCUCACCUACAUGCUAAGUGUCCUAGGAAAUCUGACUAUUAUCACCCUCACCUUACUAGACCCCCACCUCCAGACCCCCAUGUAUUUCUUCCUCAGGAAUUUCUCCUUCUUAGAAAUUUCCUUCACGUCCAUUUUUAUUCCCAGAUUUCUGACCAGCAUGACAACAGGAAAUAAAGUUAUCAGCUUUGCUGGUUGCUUGACUCAGUAUUUUUUUGCCAUAUUUCUUGGAGCUACUGAGUUUUACCUCCUGGCCUCCAUGUCCUAUGAUCGUUAUGUGGCCAUCUGCAAACCCUUGCAUUACAUUACUAUUAUGAGCAGCAGAGUCUGCAUACAGCUAGUGUUCUGCUCCUGGCUGGGGGGAUUCCUAGCAAUCUUACCACCAAUCAUCCUCAUGAGCCAGGUAGAUUUCUGUGUCUCCAACAUUCUGAAUCACUAUUACUGUGACUAUGGGCCUCUCAUGGAGCUUGCCUGCUCAGACACAAGACUCUUAGAACUGAUGGUCAUUCUCCUGGCUGUUGUGACUCUUGUGGUUACUCUGGUACUGGUGACACUUUCUUACAUAUACAUUAUCAGGACUAUUCUGAUGAUCCCUUCUGUCCAGCAAAGGACAAAGGCCUUUUCCACUUGUUCCUCCCACAUGAUUGUCAUUUCGCUCUCUUAUGGAAGCUGCAUGUUUAUGUACAUUAAUCCUUCUGCAAAAGAAGGAGGUGCUUUCAACAAAGGAAUAGCUGUACUCAUUACUUCAGUUACUCCCCUGUUGAAUCCCUUCAUAUAUACUUUAAGAAAUCAGCAAGUGAAACAAGCUUUCAAGGACUCGGUCAAAAAGAUUGUGAAACUUUAAAAACGGAGAUUACACUUCAAUAAAAAAUAUAUUUUCACUUAACAAAUAUGCAUUGAAUGUCUGUAUUUCCAGUGCUAAAUUGGCCCUUGAAGA